AUGAUCUACGACGUCAACUCUCCGCUCUUCAAGUCCUUUCUAAGCCAGAAGGGUGGCCCAUCUGACAAGAGGUGAGCAUGGGGCGAAGCUCGAUCAUCUAUUCUAUAAUCCUCUUCCACACUUUCCCCUUUUGAACCCUUGAUAUGGAGUUUUCUUUCUCGAUAAUUCGACCCCGGAUUUUUCUCUCGUCAUUCUUUUUUUUCUUGUGCCUUCGAUUUCUGGUAAAAUAUCCAUGAGUUCGGAUUUGACGAAGUUUAGGUAUACGGGAUCACUUUCCAAAAUCGUCUCCGGGAAAUAGCCCUCCUAUGUCCCCAUCAUCGUUAACGUAAGCGAGACGCGCUGGUUAAUGAGGCUUCUCUGGCCGAAACCGGCGUCCCCAAGAUGGAAGAUAUCGUGAAACCCGUGGGCUGAGGUAGCUUACUGAGUUAAACCUAGGUGCUUCUUCGUUCUAUGGCCCUGCUUUAAUUAUUACUUUCAAGACUUUAAUCAUAUUAGCUAGUUCACUAGAUGGAUCAGAUUACAGCAGCUAAUUAUACUGGUCUAUUUGCUUCUUCAUUUUCGGUGUUUGUUCAUAUCAGAUUACUCUUCGAUUUAACCAGUACUAUCCGUUUUAAAAUGCUUGUUAGUUGAUAUUGCCUCCCAAUACAUGAUGUAGGAUGUGUGCUUCACUAUGAACCUGAUGAAAAAGGUUGAUAAUCUCAGUAAAAACCAGUUUCCACCUUCAAAUAAAUCAUUUUAUUACUGAUUACUCCAUAAGUUUUAGAAAUAAUUUAGGAUAGAUAAUCUCCCAACAACAUGGGUCAUUGCCCACUUGACCAGUAAUUAUCCAUCAUGGAUCCGGAUGGUGUUGAUACUAGUAGAUGAUCGUGCGAAUAAAUUGGGUACAGACAUUUAUGAGGGAGAUUUAGUCCUGAAUUAUUUCCACCAACUAAAUCAUUUUCUAAUUGAUUAUUUCAAAAUUUUCAGAAAUAUUUUAGGGCAGACAAUUUCCCAACAUCGAUCAAUGCCCACUUGAACCAUUAAUUGUCCAUCAUGGAGCAGGAUGGUGUUGAUACUAGUGGAUGAUCAUGCAAACAAAGUGGGUAGACAGACAUUAAUGUUAGAUAUUUAUUCCUGAGCAGAUCGGUUGUUCCUGUUUGUAAGAAAUAAUACAUAAAUUAGCAAGAUUGGGGACUUGGGAAUUGAUUUUUUGAUGAAUCUAUCUUAGUAGCAGGUUUCUGUCUGAUUUGGCAUCCGAGAAACAAGAAAGAUGAAAUCAUGAGUUUGAUGGAGGAUGCGCAUUUUUGAUGGCCUUGCUACGUCCAGUAGUUGUUUAUCGGACUUGAGAAUCAUUUUCAGGCCAGAAACGUACGAGACCUAUCUAUUAAUAGGUAUAAAGUAAAUUUGGCUAUAUCCAAAUAACCUAGAAAAUAAAUAGCAAAAGGAAAAAUAAAAAGGGAGUUUCCAUGCCAUCUCAUUUCUCUGACUUUUCGGUGGUGGGCGAUUUGGGUCUUACCUCCACGGUGAUUAACUCCGUGAAAUGUUUACGAAGUUUAUUGUUAAUAAUUCCAUGGGGAAUAUAAUUGGAUCAAUUAAUUUCUUGAGCAGUAUUUUUCCUUUUCUGAGAUUAUUUUGUUUUUGUUUCCCAGAAGAUCUGGUAUCUCCUCAGACUAGUCAGCUGGUUAAAGAUCUCUCGUGGUUCUCUUCUUCCUAACGUUGACAUCCCCUUUGACUUUCAAGUUUUCCGCUGUUUUCUCUCUGCCUCACGAGCUGGUAGGACAUCAGUUCUCUAUUGGGGGAGAUGUUUUCCAAAUUUUCUUAAGAAAAAAAAUGAUCUGGGCGUCAUCUGUAGCCAAGAAAAGAAUAAACUUUGAGCACUGGGAGACUUCAAAGCUGGUCUCACAUCUUCAUGCUCCCCUUCCUCAGGAAAACCGAGGAGCAGAAGCCCAAGGAGCAGAGGCCGAAGGCGAACGAGAACAAGCCCGUGAUGACGGAAUGA